GCAGACCGAUAGCCAGGCUGGCGGGGGAGCUGAUCCACUCCAGUUCGACAGACGGCCAACUUGAUCAGAGUGAACCUGCGACACAAGCCGCUGCUGCAGACUCCCCCGGCAGCGACCAGCCGCUCGUCUGUCUGGGAGUUUGUUAAAGCAACGACAAACAAUACUGUUAGCAAUUCUGGGUAUUAAAUCAGAGUACUGUAACUAAUUGUUUAAGUUGCAAUUCAAAAUGUCUAUAUUACCGUUCACUCCUCCAAUCGUGAAGAGGCUUCUUGGCUGGAAGAAGGGAGAGCAGAACGGACAAGAGGAGAAAUGGUGCGAAAAGGCUGUCAAAAGUCUUGUGAAGAAGUUGAAAAAGACGGGACAGUUGGACGAGUUGGAAAAAGCCAUCACAACACAGAACGUCAACACGAAAUGCAUAACCAUACCCAGAUCUUUAGAUGGGCGUCUCCAGGUCUCCCACAGAAAAGGUCUUCCUCAUGUGAUCUACUGUCGCUUGUGGCGCUGGCCAGACCUGCAGUCCCACCAUGAGCUGAGGGCUGUUGACCACUGUGAAUUUGCCUUUCACACCAAGAAGGAUGAAGUCUGCGUCAACCCCUACCACUACCAGAGGGUUGAGACACCAAUUUUGCCUCCUGUCCUAGUACCACGACAUACAGAUAUCCCCGCAGAGUUUCCACCAUUGGGUGACUACAGCCCAUCCAUCCCUGAGAACACCAACUUUCCUGCUGGCAUUGAGCCCCAAAGUAACUAUAUCCCUGAAACUCCCCCACCGGGGUAUCUCAGUGAGGAUGGUGAGACGAAUGAUCACCAGCUCAACCACAUCAUGGACACAGGUGACUCACAUGAAGGUUCACCCAGCCUGUCGCCCAAUCCAGUGUCGCCCGCAAACAGUAAUCUUGACUUACAACCUGUGACAUACUGCGAGUCUGCCUUCUGGUGCUCUAUCUCCUACUAUGAGCUGAACCAACGUGUAGGAGAGACUUUCCACGCCUCCCAACCCUCCCUCACAGUAGAUGGAUUCACAGACCCAUCCAACUCUGAACGCUUCUGUCUAGGCUUGCUGUCCAACGUCAACCGCAACUCAGCAGUAGAGCUCACACGCAGACACAUAGGACGGGGCGUAAGGUUGUACUACAUUGGUGGAGAAGUGUUUGCCGAGUGUCUCAGUGACAGUGCCAUCUUUGUCCAGAGUCCAAACUGCAACCAGCGCUAUGGCUGGCAUCCUGCCACUGUCUGCAAAAUACCUCCAGGCUGCAACCUGAAGAUCUUCAACAACCAGGAGUUUGCUGCUCUGCUCGCCCAGUCAGUCAACCAGGGCUUUGAGGCGGUCUAUCAACUCACCAGGAUGUGCACCAUUCGCAUGAGUUUUGUCAAGGGUUGGGGAGCUGAGUACAGACGCCAGACAGUGACCAGUACCCCCUGCUGGAUAGAACUGCAUCUUAAUGGCCCUUUGCAGUGGCUGGACAAAGUCCUCACACAGAUGGGCUCUCCCAGCAUCCACUGCUCCAGUGUGUCAUAGGAGCAGUACAUGCUUUACAGAAGCCCUCUUUCCUAUUUCAGCUCUUAUUUACAAACCACAAAGGUUU